AGUCGCUUCGGCCCAAGCCCAGGACAGAGCGAACCCCGCCGACGAGCGCGAGGGAGCCAUGGGCGACAGUGCCUCGAGGAGCUUUCAGGCCUGCUGCGACCCCGAGGGCACUGCGAACAUCGUGCGCAAGAAGAAGGCGCAGCGGGCCUGCCUCAACAGGUACCAGGAGAUCCUGAACCAGCUGGAGCAGGCCCUCCAGGGCUCGGACCGCGGCUGGGUACGGGACACCGUGCAGGACCUGACUAAGUACGACCGGGAGGUGCAGGCGAAAGGAGAGGGACAGUUCUGGCCGGAGUUGCAGGAGCACAAGGACUACCCCCCGAUCGACGAGCUGCGGAGCCGCCUCUUGGCUCAGGCGAGGGCGCUGGAUCCUGGGGCCGCCUGACGCGGAGGAGUCGGGGGAGUCGGGGCGCACGUACCAAGAAUUUGCAUUGCGGUGGGGGCGUUCGUGAAGGAAUGUGCCCAGGAGGCUGCAGACCCUGGAGGAUUCCUCAUCUGAUGAGGGCGGCGGUGGUGAUAUCUAUGGCUGAUACCCAUGGCUUCCAGACCCUGC